UCCAAUAGGAAGGCGCGCUUCCGAUGUUUUUGCCCACCGCCGGCCAAUCAGCGGCCGCGGGGAGAUUCAAACGGGGAGCGGCGCGCGCGGCCUAAGCCCGGCCGGGAGCGGGCGGCGGCGGCAGCGGCUGAGGAACUUCUUCAGGAUGGAGAGCUACAUUUCUUGCCUUUGCUGGAUUCUUGGGAUCAUCUGAAGUAAUCUCACCCUUAUCCAAGUUAACUUCUUGACAGAGCAUAUCCAUUCUUCAAGAGACAAUUAUUCUGUAUUGUACACAUUGAACCUUCUUCAGUUAAGAAGCCACAUAUCAGAAAUAUGGAGGAGGAGGAGGAUCUAAGUGAACGGGGAUUGCCACGAAUUGCUUCAAUCAUGAGUAGAGUUAGAGACCUGAAAAACAAAUACAGAAAUGAAGACAAUAUCACAGAUGAACUCAACUGUACUAAAAUCUCAGCUGAUACAACAGAUAACUCUGGAACAGUUAAUCAAAUAAUGAUGACAAAUAACCCAGAAGACUGGCUGUCUUUUUUACUUAGGCUGGAGAAAAAGGGUAUUCCUCAUAUGGAUGUUAGUACACUGAACAGACUCAUUGGUCGCUACAGUCAAGCAGUAACUGCGUUACCUGCAGAAAAGCAUAGUGAAGAUGAGAAGUAUGCUCGCAUCCUUGUGAGAUUUGCUGAGUUGAAAGCUCUUCAAGAUCCUGAGGAAGCACGGGACCAAUUUCAUCUGGCCAGACUGAAUUGCAAGAAAUUUGCUUUUGUGCAUGUGGCUUUUGCACAGUUUGAGCUAUCACAAGGGCAUGUGAAGAAGUGUAAGCAGCUCCUUCAAAAAGCUAUGGAGUGCUCUGCUGUUCCACUAGAAAUGUUGGAAAUGGCUCUACAAAACUUGAAUUCGCAAAGAAAGCAGUUGCUUUCAGAUGAGGAGAAAGAGAACUUUGCAGUAUCAAGUAUACAGGAGUCUGGACUUCAGAGCAUACCUGGAAAUCACAGAAUUAUAAAAAGAAAUGAUUCUGCUGACAAUUCUUCUAGUGUUACUAGAACUCUGCUCGGGGAAGAGAAAUCACAAGAACUUGAUUGUACAGUUAACUUCCACAAUCCAUUAAGACCACUGAACAAAUCUAACCAGGCCUGCCCUUUUGGGAGGGUUCCUGUUAAACUGGUAACUGAUACUGAUGAUGCUGUGAAGACAGAUGUCCCACUUACAGCUAGCAUUAUGAAGAGGCAAAUAUCCAGCUCCAAAUGUACAGCCCUGAUUCCACCUUUUCCACUAUCUGAAUCAAAAUCUAGUGGGGGUGAUUCAUAUAACUUCGGAGACUUAAAGUUGCAGAUGUUGGAUGAGAACAGCUUAGAAGUUGCUACCAAUUCAACUGUAACUCUCAGAAACAAAAUGGAUACAAAUCCUCUGAUAAAAAGAGAAGAAAGUAAAGUCCAGAAUCAAGAAGUGAAGAAACCAGAGCCAAUGAGCAUAGAGAGUCAACAGCAAGAAUCCAGUUUGGCUGAAAGCCAGAGAAGGCAAUUGGAUCAGAUCAAACUAAACUGUGUGAACUCCAGAAACAAAUGGCCAAGUCAAGAAGUGAUGCAGACAAGCUGUUAUAGAGAGGGAAAACAGUCAAAUCUUGAACAGUCUGGUCAUCCCAUUUCAAGAAGACUGUCACCACCAGAUGCUGUUUCUAAGAAAAAUGAUCCAUUGUAUGUUUGUGGAACACCAAGCACUACAUAUGAUUAUAUGGAGUGUUUCAGAACACCAGUCAUAAAGAACAACUUUUCACCAGGAUACCAAAUUUCUACUCCCUACAGCCAGCUCCCAUAUUUCCUAUCACAUACUCCAGCAACUACAUUUCAAAAUCAGAUGGGCUUGCAGGUUUCAGCUUCUAUACCUGCACAUGAAUGCAUUGCUGUCAAAGGAAGAGUUUAUACAAUAUUAAAGCAAAUAGGUAGUGGCGGCUCAAGUAAGGUGUUUCAGGUACUGAAUGAGAAGAAGCAGCUGUAUGCGGUCAAAUAUGUGAAUCUAGAAGAAGCCGAUCAACAGACUAUUGACAGCUAUAAGAAUGAAAUUGCUCAUUUGAGUAAACUACAGCAGCAUAGUGAUAAGAUAAUUCGUCUUUAUAGCUAUGAGAUUACAGAUCACCAUAUCUACAUGGUAAUGGAGUGUGGAAAUAUUGAUCUCAAUAGCUGGCUGAAAAAGAAAAAAAACAUUGAUCCAUUGGAAAGGAAGAGCUAUUGGAAAAAUAUGUUGGAAGCUGUUCACACAAUUCACGAACACGGUAUUAUUCACAGUGAUCUGAAACCAGCAAAUUUUCUGAUAGUUGAUGGAAUGUUAAAACUGAUUGACUUUGGCAUUGCAAACCAAAUGCAGCCAGAUGUGACAAGCAUCGUUAAAGAUUCUCAGGUUGGCACAAUGAAUUACAUGCCACCUGAAGCAAUACAAGAUAUGUCAUCUUCCUAUGGAGAAAAUGGGAAAUCUCAGUCUAAGAUAAGUCCAAAAAGUGACGUGUGGUCAUUGGGAUGCAUUUUGUAUUGUAUGACAUAUGGAAAGACUCCAUUUCAACAUAUAACAAAUACACGUAAAAAACUGUAUGCUAUUGUUGAUCCUCAUUAUGAAAUAGAAUUCCCAGAUAUUGCUGAGAAAGAUCUUCAAGAUGUGCUAAAGUGCUGUUUAGUAAGAAAUCCUAAACAAAGAAUAUCAGUUUCAGAGUUGCUGAUACAUCCCUAUGUCCAAAUUCAAUCCCACAGUCAAACAGGUGUUCCGAGUGCAAAAGGAACAGAAGUAAAGCGUAUCCUUGGCCAACUUGUUGGCUUAAAUUCUCCAAACUCUAUUUCCAGAGCUGCUAGGACUUUAUAUGAACAAUGCAACAGUGGUAAAAGUCUCGAUGUAUCCGCAUUUGCAAAACCUGGGAGUCAAAAAUCAUGGACAACAAAGUGAUGCACUGAUGCUCAGGACGCAACAUAUCUGGUCUGUUCAAAAGAAUAUUUUGUGCUGCUAGCUUUUUUAAAAGGACACUCAGCAAAAGUUCACAUUUUAAAAUGUAAAUGUAAAAACGUAUGUACAAUAAAUCUAUGCCACUUGGAUAGAACAAUUAAAAUUCCUAGCAGGUGAUUAUGGUCUUUGUUACUAAAAGCACUACAGUGUUUGGAUAACAAACUUGUGCAAGACUCUUCAAGCUUCUCAUCCCCCUGGAAGUAAAUUAAGAAAAACACUUCCUAAAACACCAGUUGGUGGACAUGUAAAACCUGCAACUGCCUUAAAGUAUCUCCUAUGAUGUGAACACGGGGUUUUGUGCUGUUCUAUCUUUUGCCACUAAAUAAAUACCUCUUGUGUCCAUGUCUGACCGUAACUAAGGAAAUGAGCACUGUUUAUAUGAACAAUCAGUUAGAAUUCUGGUAGGUAAAUGUCACCCAGUUCUUGAGCUGUUCCUCUGGUUGAUAAAUGGCAUGGUGGAAGUAUCAGUACUGUACUAAAGAAUAAUAUGAAUAAAAUAGGUUUUGUUAAAAAUA